AUGGGCCUAUUAUACCGACAUAAUGGGGACACCAGUUAUGCCUCAUGGGCCUCAUUGGGCCCGCUUACUUUGCUGCAGGUUGCUGUUGCGGAGACACAGUCUGCGAGGGCUUUCUACGAUGAUCUAACGAGUAAAGGAGAGAAUCAACCCAAAUCGGGGAGGAGUGAUAACAGAGGAAUCGCUGUAGUGAUUCUCGAUGCCCUCACAAGGCGACAAUGGGUUAGAGAAGAAGAUUUGGCGAAAGAUCUCAAAUUACACACAAAACAACUUCGCCGAACACUGCGGUUUUUUGAAGAGGAGAAGAUCAUUACUCGAGAAUAUAGGAGAGAGACAGCGAAAGGAGCAAAAUUGUUUAGUGCUGCUACAGCUGCUACAGUUGAUGUUCAACUGACUGGAAAAGAGGGAGAAGAGAAGGUCAAGUUGCACACACAUUCUUACUGUUGUCUAGAUUAUGCACAGAUAUAUGAUGUGGUUAGGUACAGAAUACAUCGCAUGAAAAAGCUGCUCAAAGAUGAAUUGGACAACAAGAACACAAUAGAGGAAUAUAUCUGUACAAAAUGUGGAAAAAGAUACAAUGCUCUGGAUGCAUUGCGGUUAGUAUCUUUUGAAGAUGAUGACUUCCAUUGUGAAAGUUGUAAUGGAAAACUUGAGGUAGAAAGUGAUAAGUUUGUGGUUCAAGAAGGGGCUGAUGGAGAUGAUAAUGCAAGAAGACGGCGGCAUGAAAAGUUAAAAGACAUGCUUCAGAAGAUGGAGAUACAGCUCAAGCCUUUAAUGGACCAACUCAGCAGGGUGAAAGAUUUGCCUGUUCCAGAAUUUGGCAGUCUCCUAGCAUGGGAAGCUCGAGCUAGUGCUAUGGGGCGUGCAGCCAAUGGAGAUAUGUCUGGUGAUUCUAAAAUUUCUCAGCUUGGAUAUAAUGGAGCACCAAUGCCAUAUAGUGGGGAUACUAAGGUUGUGGUGGACUUCAAUGGGACUGAAGGCAACAGACAUGAUGUUAAGUCUGAAACUGAAAGUACAUCUCUAAAGGUUUUGCCACCAUGGAUGAUAAAAUCAGGGAUGGUUCUUACAAAGGAACAGCGUGGAGAGGUGAAGGAGGAAAUAAAGAUGAAUGGGACUUCAACUUCUUCAUCAGCACAGUACUCGGAUGACAAGAAAUCAACAGUUGAUCAUGAUGAUAAGAAAAAUAUACAGGAUGAGUAUAUCAAGGCUUAUUAUGCUGCUCUACUUAAACAACAACAUGAAUUGGAAGCUUCUAGUAAACAAGAAUUGUCAAAUACACUUGCUGCAAAUGAUCCUUCUAGCAGUGCUUAUAAUCGUCAAGUUGGCUUGAAAUCAAAACACGAGGAAGAUGAUGAUGGUACUGACUGGGAGGAAGCUCCUGUUGCAGGUACUGGAAAUGAAAAUUACAAGGUCAAUGAUUUGAAUGUUCAAGCUGAUGUUGUUCCAGCUGAUGACGAUGAAGAUGUGGACUGGGAGGAAGGUUGA